GACCCUCCGCCGCGCCGCCUCUCCACAAAAGAGCCCAGGCCCGGCCCGGCGGCUCGCAGCGGUGGCGGCCCGGCGGGGCUCUUUGUUCGCCGGUCGGGCGGCGCAGGCGGACGGAGAGUCGGGCCGGCGGGCGGCGCAGAGCAGGAGAGAGCCGCGGGCGGCGGGCAUGAAGGGGCGGCGGGGCGCCCUGUCCCGCCCCGCCGUCCUCCCGCAGCGCCCUCCUCCGCAGUGAGCCUCGGCGGGGGCUCCCGGUCGUCCUCCCGCGGCCCAUGGCGGCGGCCCCCGGGCCAGGAUGGCGGGGCCGGUGGGCGUAGGCAGCCCCCCGGGCGCCAUGGCGGAGUGGCGGCAGUGCGGGCGCUGGCUGAUCGACUGCAAGGUGCUGCCCGCCAACCACCGCGUGGUCUGGCCCUCGGCCGUGGUCUUCGAGCUGGCGCAGGCGCUGCGGGACGGCGUGCUGCUCUGCCAGCUGCUGCACAACCUCUCGCCCGGCUCCGUCGACCUCAAGGACAUCAACUUCCGUCCGCAGAUGUCGCAGUUCCUUUGCCUGAAGAACAUCCGGACUUUCCUGAAAGUGUGCCAUGACAAGUUUGGCCUCCGGAACAGCGAGCUCUUCGACCCCUUCGACCUCUUCGACGUGCGGGACUUCGGAAAAGUCAUCUCAGCGGUUUCCAGGCUUUCCCACCACAGCAUUGCCCAGAACAAGGGAAUCAGGCCCUUCCCUUCAGAGGAGACCACCGAAAAUGAGGACGAUGUCUACCGCAGCUUGGAAGAACUGGCGGACGAGCACGAUUUGGGGGAGGACAUUUACGAUUGCGUCCCGUGUGAAGAUGAAGGGGACGACAUCUACGAAGACAUCAUCAAAGUGGAGGUGCAGCAGCCCAUGAAAAUGGGCAUGACCGAAGAUGACAAGAGGAACUGCUGCUUGUUAGAAAUCCAAGAAACAGAAGCCAAGUACUACAAGACACUGGAGGAGAUCGAGAAGAACUACAUGAAUCCAUUAAGGCUGAUCUUGACUCCACAAGACAUGGGAGCCAUAUUCAUCAACUUGGAGGACCUUAUUAAAGUGCACUUCAACUUUCUCAGAUCCAUCGAUGUCUCCAUGAUGGCUGGUGGAAGCACCUUGGCCAAAGUUUUUCUUGAAUUCAAAGAAAGGCUUUUGAUCUAUGGCGAGUACUGCAGCCGGAUGGAGCACGCACAGACUACCCUGAAUCAUCUCAUGGCCAACCGAGAGGACGUACGGCAAAAAGUUGAGGAAUGUACCCUGAAGGUCCAGGAGGGGAAAUUCAAGCUCCAAGAUCUGCUGGUGGUGCCGAUGCAGAGAGUCCUGAAGUAUCACCUCCUGCUCAAAGAGCUGCUCAGCCACUCGUCCGACCGGCCAGAGAAGCAGCAGCUGAAGGAAGCAUUGGAGGCCAUGCAGGACUUGGCCAUGUUCAUCAAUGAAGUCAAACGGGACAAAGAAACCUUGAAGAAAAUAAGCGAAUUCCAGAGCUCCAUCGAAAACCUGCCGGUGAAGCUGGAAGAGUACGGGCGGCCAAAGAUCGACGGGGAGCUGAAGGUCCGGUCCAUCAUCAACCACACGAAGCAGGAUCGGUAUUUGUUUUUGUUUGAUAAAGUGGUGAUUGUCUGCAAAAGGAAAGGCUACAGCUACGAGCAGAAAGACAUCCUGGAGCUGCUCUGCUACAAGAUGACCGAUGACCCCACCAACAACAAGGACCUCAAGAAGUGGUCUUACGGCUUCUACCUCACUCACCUUCAAGGCAAGCAAGGGUUCCAGUUCUUUUGCAAGACAGAAGAGAUGAAACGGAAGUGGAUGGAGCAGUUCGAAAUGGCCAUAUCCAACAUCAAGCCCGAGAAAGCCACGGCGAACAACCACCAGUUCCAGAUGUUCACCUUUGACAAGACCACCAACUGCAAAGCCUGCAAGAUGUUUCUAAGGGGAACCUUCUACCAAGGCUACCAGUGCCUGAAGUGCAAGGCGGGCGCCCACAAGGAGUGCCUGGAGGUCAUCCCACCCUGUAAAUUCAGUUCUCCUGCUGAGCAGGAAUCGCUGAAUCUAGGCCCUAAAAUGGUGGCCCUCCAGAAUUACCAUGGCAGCCCGGCUCCACCAGGGAAACCUGUGUUAACUUUCCAAAUGGGCGAAGUGAUUGAGCUGCUCCGAGGGGAACCGGAUUCCCAGUGGUGGGAGGGGAGGCUCAUCGUGUCCAAGAAAUCUGGCUAUUUCCCCAGCUCGUUGGUCAAGCCUUGCCCAGUGGACGCGCGGCCUCCCAGCAGCCGCCCUCCUUCCCGAGAGAUGGACUACUCCACGUACCCCUGGUUUGCAGGCAACAUGGAGCGGCAGCAGACGGACAACCUCCUGAAGCAGCACGCCAGCGGGACCUACCUGAUCCGGGAGAGGCCAGCAGAAGCCGAGCGUUUUGCCAUCAGCAUCAAGUUCAAUGACGAGGUCAAGCACAUUAAAGUGGUUGAAAAAGAUAACUGGAUCCACAUCACAGAAGCCAAGAAGUUUGAAAGCCUCUUGGAAUUGGUGGAGUACUAUCAAGCCCAUUCACUGAAGGAGAGCUUCAAACAGCUGGACACAACGUUAAAGUAUCCCUACAAAUCCCGGGAACGCUCAGCCUCAAGAACCUUGGCUCGAUCCCCAGCUGCCUGCGCUUCCUACAAUUUUUCCUUUCUCAGUCCUCAGGGCCACCACUUCACUUCUCAGAAUCCCUCCACUCCUUUUUGGUCAGUCUUCACCCCUCGGGCCAUCGGGACUGCAGUGGCCAGGUACAACUUUGCUGCCCGGGACAUGCGGGAGCUCUCCCUGCAGGAAGGGGACGUGGUGAAGAUCUACAGCCGGAUCGGCGGGGACCAAGGCUGGUGGAAGGGGGAGGCCAACGGCCGAAUUGGCUGGUUCCCUUCGACCUACGUGGAGGAGGAGGGGGUGCAGUGAUGCCCAGACUGGCAGGAGCUACUGUCUCCAAGGGCAGCCCCGGCCGUCUCUGGGCCUCCGAGGGAAACUGGACUGUUCUUCCAGCACCGAGGAGAGAGCCCCUAAGGCCCACUCCCCAGCCCGUGGGCGUGAGUGCAUGAGGGGCAUGUGCAGCAGUGGGGCUGGGGGCACGUGAGCGCAUGGGCAAGGCACGGCUGCUCCUCUCCUUCUGAUUUCCUGGCACGGAAGAGCCAAACGGCCUUUGCAGAAAACCACGGAGCCUCUGGGGAAGGCAGGCUGGACCGAUGGCCUGGCCAGAAGCAGCGGCACUACAAAAGCCUUCUGAGGUGUGGAGGAUGGGCUUGGUGGUGUCUGAUAAUUGGGUGGGAUACUAGAAGAGAUGCUUCUCUAGGAUUUGGGAGGAUGCUGCAAGGAGUGCCCUUGGCUUAGGGUUUUUUUGGGGGGUGGGGGGGGAGUUUCUGCAAGUCCUGGUGUCCACUGCGGCCGUGGGCCAACUGAAGCGGCCCUCAAUGUGAGUGGGCCCCUUGGUGGUUGAGGAGAGAAUCCAUCCGGUUACCAAGUGAGCAUCCCCAGAAUUGCUGGGAUUCUUCCUGAGCCUGCCUUGAAUUUGGGACUGCAAUGCAAACAUCUGGCUGGAGAGAAGGAAGCACGAGAGAGACGUGGGCUGCACCCCACGGCUGCCUCUCCCUCUGGCUUGUGGGUCUUUCCUCCAUCAGUGCUGGGAACCUGUCUGAGCCGGCUGCCAGAACGGACCCUGAGGCCUCCAGGAGCUUCGGCCAGUCGCACAACCAGCUUGGUCGGGCAUCGCUUGGCCUCCUCAGGGCCUGCUGGCUCCUGCUGCUGCCCUCUGUGUUCCUCAGGAAGCCUUUGCCUUAUUGCUCAUCCUGCUGGCAAAACAGUUCCCAUCCA